AUGGCGCGGCAGUCCGAUGUGCAGGAGUCCAUGAAGAACAUCUCCAACCGUGCAGAAAAGGCGGUGGAGGUGCGCAAGUACGAUGAGAAGGGGGUGCAGGAGCGGAUGCAGAGGCUCCACGCCGACGUUCUCCAGAAGAAGCUGGCGGAGAAGAAGAGGAUGGACGAUCUGGCACAGAUUCCGCUGGAGGAGGCGGACGUUGUCCUGCUGAUGCGUGAGCUUGGCUGUGACCGUGCGGCAGCAGAGCUGCAGCUGCGCGAGAAGAAAGGCGAGCUCGUGGCGGUCCUGCGUGAGGUGGUCGGCCUUCCAAAGGCGAAGUCAACCACAGCGAGUGCGUAA